GGCCGGAUUGUGGCGUUAGUGUAGCACACGUCAGUCAGCAGUGAGCAGCUGGUCAGGUCGUGCAGAGGCUGUUCGUGCUCGCUGAGAAGACUUGAUAAUCUGAAUCCUAUAUACAUCUACUGACGGCAUCUGGGAGAGUUGUGGCAGCUAAUAUUUACUGUUGCAACUAUAGCCACUUAUCGUUUUAACGUGCUUCCUGGUGGUGGUAGCUUCGGUGCCUGGCGCCGUGAAUGGCGCGAUGACGAGCGUGUUCAGACUCAACUCUUACAGGACGAACUACCACCUGUACGAAUUCCCUCCUCCGCCAGCUGCCAUCGGUCCCCCAUACGCACUGGACACCUGUCGGAACAACAGCAUGGAUCUGGUGCCAUACCCCGUCACCCUAAAGGACAGGGCGAGUUUGAGCAUCCGGCAGAAGCCUCGCUUCUUCUUAGACAUGAUACGUGCCAGCGACGGCUCGUACGUCACUCUGAGCUCCGGAGUUCCAGUGCCGAACACGGUCAUCUACGGCUGGAUGCCGUUGCCGGGAAAUCCUAAUGGCGGCAUCAAUCGAUGCAUUGGAAUUGGCGGCCCGGACCUCUUGUUCUACGACUUCGACUGCAGUUUCACGACUAUCACCGCUGGAGUCAUUUGCGUCUACAGUGCAUUACAGUAAUACACGCACUCUGUUGAACUGACUCGAAGAAAGUUGCCUUUGAGCAAACUUCGUCAGAACUAUUACGUGACAAUAAUGACUGGAAACAGUGUUCUUUGUGUAGACUAUUUGCAUUCGCUUUUUCUUCAUAUUGUACGUCAAUCGUUAUUAGCCUCUAUUGGCACUAAAUUCAGGCACUAAAUUCAAGUAUUGGCACUAAAUACAACGAGCUGUAGUGGUGCAUUGGUGAGAGACUGUCUGUCGCACCCAGCUCCCGGGUUCAAGUCCCACUG